UGGAUGUUUCACUUUCUGUGAAACAAGCAAGUGUGGUGUGUGUUCCGAUCGUUCCGUGACUAGCAGGAUCUUAUUUCCGUAUAGGAUUUUCUGGUGAUUUUUGGAUAGAAACUCUGCCUAAGUGUGUUUGUACAUUGUGUGAAAUAUUUUAAAUAGGAAGGUGUUUGAUGAAAAUGAAGCUUUUGAUCGUACUUGCACUGGUGGCAUCUGCUUACGGGUACCCGCAGCAUGAACGUCACGAGCAUCUUGAACAUCAUGAAACAAGCACUUACAUUCCUAUCCUGAAGUACGACAAACAGCAAGACGAAGAUGGCAGCUAUAGAACUAUCUACCAGACGGGUAAUAAUAUCGUACACGAAGAGUCCGGCUAUCUAAAGGAUGCAUCGGAAGAUCACCCGAAUGGUAUGUUGGUCCAGCAACGUGCCUACUCGUACGCAGCACUGAACGGUGACGUCAUAAAGGUGCAGUACACUGCCGAUAAGAAUGGGUUCCGUGUUGAGAGCGACAGCUUGCCCACACCACCCCCAGUGCCGCCAGCAAUCCAAGAAGGAUUGAAGGGGAUCUACGAAUUAAACGGCAUCGUUUGA